AUGGAUCCUGGUGGAUCUGAUAACUUUCUUAAGCUUACAGCUGCGUUGAAAAUCAUCCUUGGGUGUUUAAUUCAGCUAUUACAUCGUGCCACCCAGAUACUCGUCGAGUAUCUCCUAGAAUACCUUGAUUUGUAUCCCAAUGACGUGAAGCCAGACCACCACUACGUGACCCAUAUUUCAGAUCCAAUUCGCGACUACACCCUGUCUACAACUUUUUAA